CUAAUCAAAGAGAAACGGUGAAAUAUGGGAAUUUCCUUUUACACCAUCAAUUAUGUGAGCAGAAAGAAAGAUAACAGAACUUGACAGGGUUUUUAACAACGAUACUACGUUUUUAAAGACUGAAAAAGAAAAAAAAAAGGGUAGCUGCUAUCCUUGGGACCAGUUCUUUUCUGGCUGCUGAUUGGGUUUUGGCUGCCAAAUUUGUUUGGCUUCAAGGUUCAAAAACUUUCACGAUCUCUCUCUUUCAAGGAAAAUCCAGAUUGAAAAUCCCCGUUUUGGUUCCAAAUUAUCAUUUGAACUUCAAACUUGAUGACAGCAUCUGGUGCAGUUAUCUUUGUAAAACUAGAAUAAGAUCUUGAGCAUAAUGGGAGUUCCCCUACGGAGCAGCAAUUUAAGGAUACCAAAUGAGACAAUGAGGCUUAUUAUAAUGGCUUUUGCUGGAGUUAUAUUUGGCUUUUUUUUAGGAGUAUCUUUUCCAACUGUUUCAUUGACUAAGAUGCAUCUCCCAUCGAGCCUAUUCCCCUCCAUUGAUCUUACAUAUAUUGAGGACAAAUAUUCCGGCCUUUCAACCCAAGCACUAUUUAAUGCUUUGAACACUAUCAAAGAUAAUAAGAUCGACUCAAUGUCAUCUUCUGGCUACACCGAGACCAAGAUCUGGAUUCCGACAAAUCCACGGGGUGCUGAAAGACUUCCCCCCGGUAUAGUUGCACCUGAGUCCGAUUUAUUCCUUCGUCGAUUAUGGGGUCUGCCAAGUGAGGACUUAACCAUCAAGCCAAAGUACCUUGUAACUUUUACCGUUGGUUAUAAUCAGAAAAACAACAUUGAUGCAGCUGUGAAAAAGUUCUCGGAGAACUUCACUAUUUUGUUGUUUCAUUACGAUGGCCUAACCAGUGAAUGGGAUGAGUUUGAGUGGUCAAAGCGAGCAAUUCACGUGAGUGUUCAAAAGCAGGCUAAAUGGUGGUAUGCGAAGCGCUUUUUGCACCCUGAUAUUGUUGCACCCUAUGAGUACAUCUUCAUGUGGGACGAGGAUCUUGGAGUGGAGAACUUCAAUGCGGAGGAAUACAUAAAACUUGUCAAAAAACAUGGUUUAGAAAUAUCCCAGCCAGGUUUAGAUGCAAAUAGUGCUGGGCUGACAUGGGCAAUGACAAGGAAGAGAAAUGACACCGAAGUUCACAAGGAUACUGAGGAGAGACCUGGCUGGUGUAACGAUCCGCAUUUGCCUCCAUGUGCAGCGUUUGUGGAAAUCAUGGCUACAGUGUUUUCUCGGGAUGCAUGGCGAUGUGUUUGGCAUAUGAUUCAAAACGACUUGGUUCACGGAUGGGGUCUAGAUUUCUCUCUUAGGAAAUGUGUCGAGCCUCCUCACGAGAAAAUCGGGGUUGUAGAUGCUCAGUGGAUUGUACAUCAAAGUGUGCCUUCUCUUGGGAACCAGGGAGAAGCAGAGGGUGGAAGGGCUCCAUGGGAAGGGGUGAGGCAAAGGUGUAGGAAAGAAUGGACAAUGUUCCAAGAUCGUUUGACUACUGCAGAGAGAGCAUAUUAUGCAUCACUGGGAAUUACUGAUCCUUACAAUUUAACAGCUAAUUAAUUAAUGGAUAUAAUAUAGUUUUUUUUUUUACAAUAGCAUUAGAGUUGUACAAGUCAGUCACUUCUAUAUGUGACCUAGUAAACUUUGAUUUUUGGGUACAAGAAAAGGCGACUUUGAUCCUAUCAGAGCACAUGCACAAGUGUUGUUUAUAUCAUAAUUGUCGGAACUAACUCAACUAAAUCCCACUCAGAUUUAUGAAGUUUCUUAUUUGUUUCU